UCUCUUUCUCCUUACUCUCCCUCCUGCGAAACAGCGAACAGCCUGAGACUGGCUUUCUUCAACAACCUGGAGAAACCUUAAUCACAGGCCAUAUUAUUUUUUUCUAAUACAAAUUUCUUAAGAUUUUUUUUUCUUCUGAUUUGAGCAGUUGGGUGUUGUUGCUAGGGGCUUGUAGCCAAAGAGACCCACCCGGGCCACAGUGGGAAGCCCCUUAACUCUCCAGCCUUUGGACUCUGUUGCUCUUUUAACUCCAAAAUUGGGCUGAAACUUUCCCCUGAAGAAGGCAAUCUGAGUUGGGCCAGCAAGUUGCCAGGAGGUGAGCAGGUUUUUAGAGUCCGAUUCCUUUAUUUUCUUGAUUUCACAUGUCAGGGCAGUUUUAAACCAAGUACCCAGAGACCAGACCCCUUUGAAAGAUGGGUCACAAUACCACAGUCUUGGACCAACUUCUUUGGCAGAUCCCCCUGUGUGAAAGCUGGAAGCAUGACACGGAAGGGGCACUUUAUCACCUUGCCAAUUGUUUCGUACUGCUAGGCUUCAUGGGGGGAAGCGGUGUCUAUGGUUGUUUCUAUCUCUUCAGCUUCCUAGCCACUGGCUUCUUGUGCCAUGCAUUGUGGGGCUGGUUUUUCGCCUGUGGGCUGGACAUCUUUGUCUGGAGUUUCCUACUGGUCAUAGUCUGCCUGAUUCAGCUGGCUCAUUUGGUGUACCAGCUACGGAAGAAUGUCUUCGUGGGAGAGUUUGACCACCUCUACAAGGUCCUGUACCUGCCCUUGCAGGUACCCCUGCAGACGUACAAAGAGAUUGUCCACUGCUGUGAGGAGAGAGUCUUGUCACUAGCUACCGAGCAAACCUAUGCUGUGGAAGGUGAGACACCUAUCAACCGCCUUUCUCUGUUACUUGAAGGCAGGAUUCGUGUGAGUCAGGAUGGACAGUUUCUGCAUUAUAUCUUCCCCUACCAGUUCAUGGACUCCCCAGAGUGGGAAUCAUUGCAACCCUCUGAGGAAGGGAUAUUUCAGGUCACCCUGACUGCUGAGACAGACUGCACCUACGUUUCCUGGCCGCGGAAGCCCCUCUACCACCUCUUGGACAAAGAGCGCUACAUCUCCCGCCUUUUCGCAGCCCUGCUGGGCUUCGACAUCUCAGAGAAGCUGUAUGCCCUCAACGACAAGCUCUUUGCCAAGUUUGGCCUGCGUUUUGACAUCCGUCUCCCCAGCCUCUAUCACGUCCUAAGAUCUGCUUCCUCCUCCUCAGAGCCCGAAGCGGAGAAGGAAGCUGAGGAAAGCAAGGACCCAGCCCUCCCUCCUCACCCUCUGUCCGUGGCGGUUCAGAAAGCUGCCCCACUCCCUUCUCCUCCAGUCCCUGCUGCCCCCGCUACUCCUGCCCCGGCCAGGGCAUCUCGACUUGGCAGUGAUACCCUGGCUUCUGCAAGUCCUCUUAGGAGUCAUCCUCAAAUUCAAGCCAAAAGCUCAAAGGGACAGGCCCCUUUGGCUCCAACACACACCCCUGAACUCUAGGGAUCAACUGGUAACUCUUGUUGGGAUGAUCAGCUCCACUCUCUGCACAAGCUUGUAUUCUUAAAGAGGCCGCAAAUGAACUUGACCUGAAUUUUCAUGCACCAGGCUCCUCGCCUGCACCUGCAAUUGGGACACACAAAACCCCUGUACCUGCGUGACACCACGGUGCUCUCCAUGUGUGCCAUUUUGUAUUUUCCCCACUUCUUCCCUCUGGGUCAUUUAAUUAAAAUGCCUAGAAAGUACCAUGUGAUUAA